AUGCAGGCAGACAUGCUGACAGCGAGGAGCUCUACAUUUGUGAACCCAGGCUGUUCACCGAAAGCACUGGGCCGGUUCGAUUCUGCUCUUCCUAGUUUUGCCUGGCAAAGCUCUGUUGAUAAGUUGGUGGGUAUGCAGCAAGGUAGGCUGGAGCUGACGGUCGUGUCCUACACGUCGGCUAUGGCUCAGAUGGCUUGGAUAGUGACCUUGAAGGUCCUAGCGCAUAUGCAAGAACGGCAAUGCCUUGCCAACUCCGUGACUCUGAAUUCAAUCCUGGCAGCGACUGCAAGAUCAGCACAAUGGACGUCCGGGAUGUGCCUUCUACGCGAGAUGCAGUCGACUGGCCUGGUGCCCACCAUCAUCUCGUUCGGAACAGGCCUUAGCUUUGGAAGAGGUGCGCGCUGGCGUCAGGGCUUUCGCCUGCUGCAGCAGCUUUGGCGCAUCUCAUUGCAACUUAACACAGUGGCCGCCAAUGCCGCCAUUUCUUGCGUGUCGCCUGGCAUGUCCAUGUCGGGAAAUGAGGAGAUGCUACCUCGAGGCUGGAGCGCAGCGAUCCACAUGCACAGCCGGAUGCGCCAACGAAGCAUCGAAGUCAGUGCAGCCACCACUGGCUCCCUCAUCCAGGUGGGCCGGUUCACGAGACGCUGGCACUUGGCUCUUGGGUUCCUGAAGCUGGAGCAGCAGCUGCGUGGAGAUCGUCACCCCUCUGUGAGCCGGAUCUCUGCUAACACCGCCAUCAGCGCCUGCGAAGUCUCACAGUGGGCACGUGCCCUGGGCGUGUGUGAGUCUAUGGAAGGGGUCAUCGAUGGCGUGACCGUCAGCGCUUGCAUCUCCGCCUGUGAAAAGGGGCACAGGUGGGAGAGGGCAGUGGACUUGACCCAUCAUCUGUCUCAGGGUACAGCAGCUCCCAGGCUGACAGGCUUGGCACAAGACAAGCUGCAGUGCCUUCCCGUGGCCCUCACCGCCUGCAUCAGUGCAUGCGAGAAGGGCUGUGCAUGGCAAACAUCGCUGCAGAUGGCCGCUGAUCUCCGGCCCCUUCUGGGUUUCCAGAAGGCAUCCCAAACACUCCCGUACAAUGCGGCACUGUGCUCGUUGGGCCGGAGCGCGCGCUGGGAGCUCGCAGUGGGCAUCGUCAGCUGGCUGCACGAGUCGACCCUUCAGCCAAGCCUCGAGACGCUGAACGCGUGCGUGGGCGCGCUGCGCGUAGCGCAGGAGUGGUCAUGUGCCCUGGCAGCCUGGCUGACGUUGAAGCAGUGGGCGCUGUUGCCUUCAGUCGUGACUCUGGCGGCAUCCCUAGCCACAGUCUCUGGCAGAGCAGCUUGCAAUGCUCUCAUCUCUGUGUGUGCAGAGCCGCAGCGGUGGAGUUUGGGCAUCUGCCUCUUUGACGUGAUGGCUCCGGACCGAAUCUCAUUCAACUCCCUCGCGUCGGUGCUGGAGAAGAGCCGCCGGUGGCGCCAGACGCUGGCGCUGCUCCCGCAACUUCGAUCCCGGCGCCUGGAGCCGGACCCCUUCACCCAGGACGCCAUCCUUGCCGCUUGUCAGAGAGCCGGCGUUUGGCGCCGGGUGCUCGCAAGCCUCCAUCAGACUCCGAGCCCUGAGGUGGUUGGCAUGGUCUGCGCCGCACUCGCCUUGGCGCGGCAGUGGGAGCAGUGGCCCAAGGUACUCGAAAUGUUGCAGGAUCUUCGAGCCAGGGAUGUCGAGGUCGACGCCGCGGUCCAGGGCAUGGCGAUCGACCUUCUCAUGGCCGCCGGUGCUGGGGCACCUGCCAGCGCGCCGUACGUCCAUAGUCUGCACCUGCUUCUGGGUCAUUGCUGA